UCUAAACACAGCUCUACCGCUGCCAGUCAUUGUGACUCUGCAUUGCAUUCUCUAAAGACUCACGAUAUGUCUAACUAUUCAAUUUUGUUAUGUACAUUAGCUUCUAUAAGUUAUGUUAUUUUUCUUGAAGUCAUGGCUUUUGAUUUUGGAAUUAUAGACAGCUUCUUGUCUCCUAGCCGGUUCGGUGGUAGCACGGAUGUUGCCUUACAAUUGCCUGCUCGAAACAUAACAUUGUGGGCAAGACAGGCUAAUUUUGGUAAAGGAUUAACGAAUAGCUCUUUGAUCACAAAGAUUCGGCUUUCCUUGCCCUCAAACUUCCAAGAUGAUAUGACAGGUUGCUCUGACGCAAAGUCUGGACAUGAAGAAAUGAGCAUGUCUUUACCCCUAAAUGAGGAAGAGAAGAAACUCAAAAGGACUUCAGAAGACUCUGUUGACUUUGUUAAAUCGAAAAUUCAGAAUCACGAAGAUGAGGACGAUGAUGCACUGAACUUUCUUGUAGUACAACGAGGCAAGUGUACCUUCUUUGAAAAAGCGCUUCAUGCUCAAGAACAAGGAUUCAAAGGAAUUGUUAUCGGUGACAACAGGAAACAAAUUAAUUCUCGUUUACAAUAUAUGGUAGGUCCUGGAAAAGAAGACUCCUGGGUCUCAAUUCCGUCUCUAUUUGUUUCCACUGCGUCUUUCAACAUUCUGUAUUCCGAUAUAUUGUAUUCAGAAAACGGUUCUCUCGAAAUUUUCGCCAAGCCAGAAGAGCUUAGUGAUAUGUUUUGGCCCUUUCUUGUAUGCUUUUCUCCUUCAAUCGUCAUGCUCGCGACCGUUCAAAUCCUUGCUAUUCGCCGCAUUAUCCGCUCUUAUAAAGAUCGUUCAAAAACGAAAGAAUUCAUUGAAAACUUACCCUCAAGGACAAUUUCAAGGGAAGGAUUCUACGAAGAAGACAUUGAAAACGAUAUCCCAGAUGACGAAGCAGUACCUUUAAUGGACGAAACUGCUAGACGUGCUGCCUAUGGUGUCGAAUGCGUCAUUUGCCUUGAAGCAUUCAAUCGUGGUGAUAAAGUUGUUGCGCUUCCCUGUAAACACGAGUUUCACCGAGAUUGCAUAUCGAAAUGGGUAGUCGACUACAGACAUACCUGUCCUACUUGUAAUGCUGUCGUACCUUUUGCCGGUUCCUCUGUUGAAUAAGCAACAUUUCUGAUCUCCCUCUUCCCAUUAUUCACUCCUUCCUAUUUCUUCGAUUUCCCUUUUUCUUCAAUCCAUUUACGCAUCAUGGAUUAUCCUUUUUUAUUCCGUUAUGUUAUGUUUGAUGUUAAAACUUAAACUCUUAAUGAGUUCUGAAUUUGCAUAUCUAUUCCAUUCCCCUUUGUUAAUGAUCACUUCUCAUUUCGCUUCCAUUUGUUUGCUUUGUUUGGUUAAUAUAAUUCAUCUAUUUUUUAUGCUUUCACACAUUACAUAUAAUAUUGCUUUUUUGAACGUAGCUAAUUCCACAAUUAAUAUACUCUUUCAAAAUUCAUUCAUUCUCGUCUGC